UUCGGUUAGAUUCGAUAUUCGCUCGAUAUUUCAACAAUAACAAACACUUUAACCUCAAUUGUUUGUAUAAUUAUUAGAUUAUUACUAUUAUUGACGCAUUAAUAAUGUUAAAAUCUCUGAAAAUUGUUAAUGUUACGAAACAAUUUAAAACAGUACUGAAAAGAAUUAUUCGACACAAUUCCGUUGCGUCAACGACAUUACAAAAUGAUUUCUCUAAUUCACAGUGGAAAGAUAAAUCAAAUCUUUAUAAACAACUUUAUUCUAAAAUAUUAACUUGUGGACCCAUUAGUAUUGCUGAUUAUAUGAAGGAAGUAUUAACAAAUCCCAUUGAUGGUUAUUAUAUGAAAAAAGAUGUUUUUGGUCAUAAGGGUGACUUCGUUACUUCACCAGAAAUUAGUCAACUUUUCGGUGAGAUGAUAGCUGUUUGGAUAUUACACGAGUGGAAAAAGAUCAGUAACAAGAAUUUUCAACUCGUAGAAUUAGGACCUGGUAGAGGAACAUUGUCUAAUGAUAUUCUCAGGGUUUUCAAACAACUGCAAUGCGCCGAUAAAGUAUCAUUACACUUGGUGGAAAUAAGUCCCACACUUUCGGAAAUUCAAGCGAAAAAUUUAUGCGCUUCCUAUGAGGACAUUAAACCCGUUGUGAAUUCAAACGUUAAAAACGCAAUCGGUCCCUAUAGGCAAGGAAUCACGAAGGAUGGAAUAAAAAUCUUUUGGUAUUAUUCAGUCAACGAUGUUCCACAAAAUUUCAGUGUAAUUAUUGCGCACGAAUUUUUCGACGCUCUACCAAUUCAUAAAUUCCAGAAAUCAAAUAAAGGAUGGCAUGAAGUACUAAUCGACAUUGAUAAGAAUUCAUCUAGUCAGGAAAAAUUUCGAUACGUUCAAACAAAAGGACCGACAUUAGCCAGUAAAUUGUACCUGGAGAAAAGUGAAACAAGAUUACACGUGGAGAUAAGUCCGCAAACAAUGGUUCUAGUCGAUACACUCGCAAAUUUUCUAACUCAAAACGGUGGAUUUGGAUUAAUAAUUGAUUAUGGACACGAUGGGGAGAAAACCGAUACUUUUCGCUCCUUUCGCGAGCACAAACAACACGAUCCACUUUUAAAUCCCGGCACUGCGGAUUUAACAGCCGACGUUGAUUUUUCUCUGAUAAGAAAAAUAGCCACGAAAAAUAAUCGACUCGUCACAUUUGGACCAAUUAAUCAAGAGGAUUUUCUUAAACAAUUGGGAAUUGAAGUAAGAUUGCAAAGUUUAUUAAAAAAUGCGACGGAUAAGGAGAAAAAAUUUAUAAUUGACGGUUAUCGACAAAUAACAGACGCUAAUCAAAUGGGUUCGGUAUUUAAAGUAUUCUCAGUGUUUCCAGCUGUAUUAAAGCAACAUUUAGAAAAAUGGCCCGUUUCGGGUUUCAUGAUUUCGUAAUAAAGGAAAAUCAUUUAAUU